AUGGCCAUGACCAUGAAUGAACAGAUCGAGCUGCUGUCGAGGCUCAACCACUGCCACGUGGUGCCGCUGCCGGGGUACUGCUCGGAGCGACAGGGGCGGCAGCUAGUGUUCGAGUGCAUGACCAACGGUAACCUGGGGGAGUGCCUGGACGACCUCAAUGGGAAACCCAUGGACUGGGCGACGCGCGUCGGCGUGGCGCUGGGCGCGGCGAGGGGCCUCGAGUAUCUCCACGAAGCGGCGGCGCCGCGCAUCCUGCACCGCGACAUCAAGUCCACCAACAUCCUCCUCGACGACAGGUUCAGGGCCAGGAUCACGGAGCUGGGCAUGGCCAAUUGCCUGAUGAACGACGGCGUGACGAGCUGCUCCAGCUCGCCGGCGCGGAUGCUGGGCACCUUCGGGUACUUCGCCCCCGAGUACGCCGUCGUCGGCAAGGCGUCGCUCAAGUCGGACGUCUUCAGCUUCAGUGUGGUGGUGCUGGAGCUCAUCAUUGGCCGGCAGCCGGUGUACAAGAAGGGCGGCGGCGGCGGCGUGGACGAGAGCCUGGUGAUGUGGACGACAUCGCGGCUACGGGACAGCAGGCUGGUUGUGGACGUGGCGGAGCUGCCGGACCCGCUGCUGAAGGGCGCGUUCCCGCCCGAGGAGAUGCAGAUCAUGGCGCACGUCCAGGAGUGCCUGCAGUGGGACCCCGAGGCCAGGCCCACCAUGACCGAGGUCGUCCAGAUCCUCUCCACCAUAGCGCCCCUCGCCGAAAAGCGCCGCCGCCACCACCUGUUGAAAUAUUAG